GAGGGCGAGGACGAGGACGAGGACGAGGACGAGGACGAGGACGAGGACGAGGACGAGAGGGAGAGCGAGGGAGAGCGAGAUCGAGAGCGAGAGAGAGAGAGAGAGCGCGAGAGAGAGAGCGAGAGCGAGAGCGAGAGCGAGAGCGAGGAGCGAGAGAGAGCGAGAGCGAGCGAGAGCGAGCGAGAGCGAGAGAGAGCGAGAGAGAGCGAGGGA